GCUCAUCGUGUCGUCAAUGAACUAGUCAGGUCUAAACAAAAAUGGCGGCCUUCUGCACGGAAUAACGCGGUGUUUCAAAACUAUCAUAACAACAUGUCACUUUUGAGGCUGUGUGCCUAUUCAGCGGGUUUAACUCGCAGUUUUGCGUUUGACAGAAGUGCUCAGAGAUUUCUGAAUGGUGAUUAUUGCCGCCUGUGUCUUAAAAUACGGAGUAAUGGAGAGAGACAAAUACAAGACAAAGCAUGGGCUAAAAUUUACCAAAGACACUAUUCAGUCAUCCCUAAGAAGGAGGAUGGGAAGAAAAGAUUCUGGGAACAGUCUCAGCUGUUGGACGUUCUGGAGGCCAGAAUCCAACAGCUGCAAUCUGACGUCGUUGUAGAUGUCAAACAUUCAAAGGUGCAAAUCAUCAAAAUGCAGCAGAAAAUAAAGAAAACAUCACCUGGGAAGAGUCAGAAGAACUUGCCGGGAGAAAAAGCAGAAAUCCUUAAAAGUGGGGCAUCUGCCAAAAAAGGUGGAACUGACGGUGUCACGCCUUUCAAAACUCACGCAAGUCGCUGGAUGGAGAAACUCAAGCGUGAAAAGUGGAUUAAUCCCAAAAAACAAACUUCACAUAGAAUGCACGACAAACCAGUUGCGGGUAAAAGCAACAAAGGAGGUUUGAUGCUUCCUGGAACAUCUACAAAGACCAUCACGACAGGCAAAAGUAGUGAGACAAAAACUAAGGCAGAAGACUCCAAAGCCAUGGCGUCUACCACAUCGUCCUCCAAAGUCAAUGCUGUGCAAAAAAAGUCUAAAAAGAAGGUUUCGAGAGUCAAAGAAAGUUUAGCCGUCAGGUUUCCAGGAGUGCAAAAGAUCUCCAGCAGUGAAGCAGACAGCGUUUCAGAGAUGUCUACACAAGAGAAACUGGCAAAUAAAGAAUUUGAUGAGGAAGAGGAGCUUGAUGUAGACAACGUGAUUGACCAGCAAAGCUCGAGUGCUCCUGAAAAGCUUCUGGAGGAUAAGGAAGGAAACCGCUAUGGAGAUCCUCAGCUCAGAAUUCGUUGUUACUUGGAGUCGUGUGUUUUCAUUGACGACGUAGCUCGAGCUCAGAGCUGCCUGCUUUCUCAUCACCGUCAAUUAUCCAAACGAAUCCACUUGUCUAUCAGCGCCUACAACAUCGUAAUGAGGAUGUGGGCCAAAAAAGGCUCCAUCAAUCACAUUCGUCGCUUAUUCGUUCUGAUCGAAGAAGCAGGUUUGAAACCCAACGUCGCAUCCUACAGUGCUGCUCUGGAGUGCAUGGGCCGCUUGCCUGAGUGUCAAACAUGUGUUAUUAAAAGGUGUCUGCAGCAGAUGGAGGUGGACGGCCUGUCCGUGGAUGACGUGUUCAGACAGUGCGUGUUUAAAAAGGAUGAAAGAGAAAUGGUUCUAAGGGCCGUCCAAUUGGUGCAACCUGAAUACCAACCUAGUGUAUCCAAAGAUCAACCUGUCUGUUGCCUGCCAUUGGUGGAACAGUUUUAUGCUGAGAGGGAAGGUGCCACGUAUCCCAAACUGGACUUCAGCCUGAAAGAACUGCGGGACCGGUUCAGUCUUCAGCUGGCUAUGGAGAAGGCAACUACCAUCACUAUUGACUCUGUGGAGGCCUUAAAACCAGUCACCGAAAAUAUGGCCAGAAUGAGAGAAUUACUAGCAACACAGCGCAAACACUGGGAGAAAGCUCUCCUCCAGACACUGAAGGAAAAGAAACGGAUAUUAUCCAGCAACAGUCAGAAGUCAUGGAGUACCUGCAUAUACCCAUACCUGUGUAUCCUGGAUGAUCAGGAUUAUGUGAACAUCAUGCUUCAGAGCUUAGACAAACUCUCACCCAGCGGUGAAUCUUUGCUUAUCAUGGCUGAGGAAAUGGGAAACAGAGUCUACAAUUUGUACUCCAUCCGGCAGAAGAGCCACAGCCAAAUGGUCGAGAAGCUUGGGAGUAUCUACAACUCGUAUUCUGAGCUCCUGGCGAACGACACUGAGACCAAUGGCGUGUUGCCACGAGAGUAUUGGACGAGUCUUGAGAUGGAAAGGUGCAGCGGUCCGUCUCUUCUAAGUGAUGACACCCCUUGGCCUCUAGUUCUGAUGGUGCAGCUAGGCAGCUUCCUGGUUGACCUAAUGGUUCAUGAGCUCAAAAUUUGGAGCGACAUCCUCAAUCCUGCUCAGGAGAAGAAGCUCAUCCCCGUCCUUUACCACAUGUACACGUUUCGCAGCAAUCAUAAGAUUGGCUUCAUCAAACCACAUCCUAUUGUGACACAAAUCCAGAGGGUUGCGAUGGAAACCAAACUCACUUUCGACUCCUACGUGAUGCCUAUGCUGUGUCCACCCGUCCCCUGGACGUCCCCGAAGAGCGCUUACCUGUUGACGCCAACCAAGCUGAUGCGCUCCACUGAUGGAGCAAUUCAACACCAACUACUUCUGGAGAAGAGCCGAGAUGAGGAUCUCCAUGCCGUGUUGGACUCCCUCAACCAGGUGGGUAACUCCCCCUGGAAGAUCAACAAGCCCCUGUUGGACAUCAUCAUCUCGAUCUUCAACGACAAAGGCAGCGACAAGCUCUGCAUCCCUCCGCCGCUGUCCGAAGCGCCCGAGGUUCCUCGUUUCAGCCCUCACGACCCGUCCUACACUCAGGCCGAGAAGGCCUACAUGAAACGCGAGGGUGUCAAAGCCAAGAAGAAGGUGGCGGAGAUGCACAGCCUCCGAAUGGACGCGCUGUAUAAGUUGUCCAUCGCCAACCACAUGAGGGACGAGAUCUUUUGGUUUCCACACAAUAUGGACUUCCGAGGGCGUACGUACCCCCGGCCGCCUUAUUUUAACCACCUUGGGAGUGACGUGACCAGGGGGUUGCUGCUGUUUGCCGAGGGACGACCUCUUGGCCCAAAAGGCCUCGACUGGUUGAAGAUUCACCUGGUGAACCUCACGGGGUUGAAGAAGCGUAGCUCGCUAGCUGGACGACUGGAGUAUGCUGAGAGUAUCAUGGACGACAUCCUAGAUUCGGCAGACCAUCCUCUUGAUGGUCGCAAAUGGUGGAUGAAUGCAGAUGAGCCGUGGCAGGCACUGGCUUGCUGUAUGGAGAUAGCAAAUGCCUCGCGCUCGCCCGACCACACCAAAUUCAUCUCUUAUUUCCCUGUACAUCAGGACGGUUCGUGCAACGGCCUCCAGCACUAUGCUGCCCUCGGGCGGGAUGUGAUUGGAGCUACUUCGGUGAAUCUCAUGCCCUGUGAAGUGCCUCAGGAUGUCUACAGUGGCGUAGCUCAGCAGGUGGAGGAGUUCAGGGCUCGGGAUGCAGAAAAGGGUUUGAAGAUCGCACAGGUGCUGGAGGGCUUCAUCAGCAGGAAGGUGGUGAAGCAGACGGUGAUGACUGUGGUCUAUGGCGUCACGCGCUACGGGGGCCGUCUGCAAAUCGAAAAGCGACUGAAGGAAAUCGAUGAUUUCCCUAAGGACCACAUAUGGGAUGCUUCACAUUACCUGGUGAAGCAGGUUUUUAGCAGCUUGAAGGAAAUGUUCACUGGGACGAGAGAAAUUCAGGAAUGGCUGACGGAAAGCGCUAGGCUAAUAGCCAAGUCUGGGAGAACAGUGGAAUGGGUGACGCCGUUGGGACUUCCUAUUGUUCAGCCCUACCACCGAAUUAAGAACCAAACGCUCAAGAGCAGCAUGCAGAACCUGAGCAUCCAUAUAAGUCAUGAUGCCAAUGAGAAACCAGACAGCAUGAAGCAGAAAAACGCCUUCCCUCCUAAUUUCAUCCACUCUCUGGACUCCACUCACAUGAUGCUGACAUCGCUGCAUUGCUACAGGGCUGGUUUGACGUUUGUGUCCGUCCAUGACUGUUAUUGGACCCAUGCUGUGACAGUGGACAUCAUGAACAGGGUGUGUCGUGAACAGUUUGUGGCUCUGCACAGUCAGCCUAUUCUAGAGGAGCUGUCCGGGUUUCUUCUGAAGAAAUAUUGCAGCAGGCCUCCGGUUGUAUCCAAGCCAAAGAAGUUUGAAGAGUACUAUAAGAUGGCACAGCUUCUGGCCAGCGUUCCUCAAACAGGUGAUUUUGACCUGGAAAAGGUGAAAGAAUCAGUGUAUUUCUUCAGCUGAGGAGCGUAUCGCGAGCUGACGGACAGCUUUCAUCAGCAGGCUGAGAGCCCUCCACAGACCUCAUCAAAACAGAUUGCUGCUUUUUACUACAUGGAAAAAUGUGCGUGACUGAGACCGGAUUGGUUGAUCUGGUAGAUAAGUGAGUGUGCGUGAGCGAGUGAGUGAGUGAGUGUGUGCGUCUGUCAUGUCAUAUUAUCAUAAAGACAUCACUUAAGCACUGAAGCAGAGUUCUGGCGGGGGCGAACAGCAGGAGUCGCCCUUGUGUGCGGGUGCGAGAGCGUGGAAGCGUACACGCGGUCUCCUCUCGGUACGGAGCGGGAACGCUUUCUCGGCGGGGCUCUGAUCCGCUCCUUCACUCCUGAGUGCUAACGCGGGGCUGAUUAACCACAUGAUUCUGGCUCUCAUCGAUUUCAAGUCAGCCCCGUCUGAAAGGCCCUCUCUGACAUUUCCACUUGGACAUGAUUUACUCCCAGCAUCCCCCCACAGCUGGCGGCUCUCACAUUCACAGCCAGCGAAAAAACGCGAGGAUAUUUAUGAUAAUAGAGCACCUUUAGGAGUAUUUUGGAAAACUUUCAAUGACGUUGUGGCGUCCUUUUUUUUUAAAGGACUCGAAAGCGCUGUGUUUUACGAUCAAAGAUGUUUUGAUCCAUUGCCUGCUUGUCGGAGAAUGUAUGGCAUUCGGCGAGAAAUAAAGUCGAUAUUUUUGCACUCCGGGUGUGCGAAAGGUUAAUUGUUAUUGAAAUUUCAAGACCCGAUAGCUUGCUUCAACAGCUUUCUUUCUGUUUUCUGGAUUUUGAAAGCGUUACAAAGGGCAAUGCGAGACGAAACCUAUCCAACGCAAGCCUACACUUGAUUACACGAGAAUUGACGUCAAAAGACCUGCUCAUUUCCUGAUCCGCCGCGUGGGAAGUUGCCCUUACAAUAAUAACAGCUCAUGCGCUUAGAGCUAUUUGCCGCCACAUAUUGUUUUAAGACACUUAGCGUCUAUGUUUCCUCAAUUUACGGGAGAAAGAAAUUCAAUUUCACCCGAGUGUGAUCAGAUAAACACGUCUUUCCACAGCACGACCACCAGUUUAAUGCGAUUCACAAGCAAGUGACUCUUAUGAAGUAAAUAAAACACUCAGAAGACAAACCUAAUCCUUAGCUGGAUAAAUCAUUUAAUCUGUCAGUGUUACAGAAUUAUCUGAUUUGCUGAUUCAUUGAACCGCUAGUCUUGCUUUGCUCGAAAUGAAGGAAGAAAUGGUUUGUCUACUUAGUUGAGCUUGUAGUGUGAUAAACACGUCGGUCUACAGCACAAACACCAGUGUAAUGUAAUUUUAUGAACGAGUGACUCUUAUAAAUUGAUUCUUUUAAUGAAUUGCUAAAAAAUAUUCAACAACUGUCAGAAUCUUUCACUGAACCUCAAGUAAUGUGAGCCAUGAUUUGCUCAAAAAUAUUCACAAACCCUCUUUGAACCAUUUAAACUCUAAGAAUUUAAAAUUCUUAGCUGAAUGAAUCACUGUCAGACCAGUGAUGAUUCAUUCUAUUCUUUGAUUCACUGAACUGCAAGUCAUUUCUUGCUUACUUGAAAUGAAGCAAGUAAUGUUUUGUGUACACUUUUAAAAAUUAAAGUUUUUAAAAGGUUCUUCACAGUGAUGCCAUAGAAGAAGCAUUUUUGGUUCCACUAGAACCAGUCAAAGAU